GGAGGAGGCUCCGCGCCGGAGAGGGAGGAGGUAGGGCGCGCAGUCCCAGCCCAGAGCUUCAAAACAGCCCGGCGGCCUCGCCUCGCGCCCCGGCCCGUCCGUCUGUCCAGCUGCCAGCGCCGCCGCCAGUGCCCGAUUUGAAUCUCUCUCACACACUCUGGAGAGACAUCCCUCUCUGGACUUUACACGUGACGUCUAGCCUCACCCCGCCCCGAGACAAUGUUGGUGCUUCUGGCUUUCAUCAUCCUCUUCCACAUCACCUCUGCCGCCCUGCUGUUCGUCGCCACCAUCGACAAUGCCUGGUGGGUCGGAGAUGAGUUUUUUGCAGAUGUCUGGAGAGUGUGCCUCAACAACACGAACUGCACAGAGGUCAGCGACAGCUUUGAAGGGUACACCACGCUGCAGGCCGUCCAGGCCACCAUGAUCCUGUCCACCACCCUCUGCUGCAUUGCCUUCCUCAUCUUCCUGUUCCAGCUCUUCCGCCUCAAGCAGGGGGAGAGGUUCGUCCUGACGUCCAUCAUCCAGCUCAUGUCCUGUCUGUGCGUCAUGAUUGCAGCUUCCAUUUACACAGACAGGCGCGAAGAACUUCACAGCAAAAACAAGGAAUUCUACCCCGUGAGCUCGGAAGGCAGAUACGGCUACUCCUUCAUCCUGGCGUGGGUGGCCUUCGCCUUCACCUUCGUCAGCGGCAUGAUGUACCUGAUACUGAGGAAGCGCAAAUAGAGCUCCGGGCCCGGGUCACCUUUGCUGCAGCACGAAUCCGCGUUCAGAUAACCGUUUUGUAUAUAAUCAUAUUUUUUUGUGGUUUUUCUAGCAAACAUAUUGUUUCCUUUAAAA